GGCUGACAAAAAGAUUCUCUCUUUCAUCUGGUCGUUUAAACCCAAUAGCUUUGUCUUUUACUCGAAGUCGGAAGUUACCACCCACGUCGCCCCCGGCGAAGAAGCUCUCCGCAUGGAUUUGCUCAUUGUAUAGUGAUUGGGUUUCGGAAUAAGGAUCGGGGAGUGAAAACUCGCAUGAUCGUGCGAGUUUACGAUCUCACUCGCGAGUUUAACAACAUUGCAAGCGGCACCAAAAGGUUUUUUUAUUGCCCACAUACAGUUGUUGCUGCUGAUUUUGGAUGGUGUAUUUGAUAUCUGGAACAAUGCUUGUGAUUUUAGAUUCUGUUUAUAUUUUUUGGGUUUGUAUAAGCAACCGCAUUGGAGUUGUUCUAAAAAGGAUUCUUAUUUUGGGUGCUUUCACACGAUAACUUUUGUUUUUUUCUUGGCUUUCUUAUUGCCAAUAGUUGCUAAUUGGUGUGAGUUUCUUUGUGAUGCAUUGGAAGUUUAGACAUGGUUCUUGAUACAUAGCGCUGUCGUGAAGAUUGUAAUUGUGUUGUUUCAUUCGUCCCCUUCAAUCAGCUUUACCUAUUCCUUACCUCAACUUUUCAACUUCGCCAACAGCAUCAAUAGACUUCUGUUUAUAUGAAUUUUUCCAUGGAAGCUCAACAGAUUAUUUCCAUAUUUUGCCCAAAAUCAUCACUAGCUCCAUCAAUUCCAAUGGUGAAGCAACCGUUCUCUUUAAAUUUCGCUCCUCUAGACUCUUUAUCGUCAUACCCUUUUCUCCAGUCUCAGAAUCUUGGCUUCCCUACUGGAGCUUUACAUGCUGUCAGCUUUGUGCACAAAGAAAUUUGUUCUAAUUCUUGGAGAAUACGGGGUAGCAAGAGUAGUAGUACUGCAGAACUAGAGGAGGACCAUGAGGUGAGGGCUCAGGUCAUAGUGAGAAGGAAAAAGCUAGCCGUUUUCGUGUCUGGCGGAGGAUCAAACUUCAGAUCAAUUCACGAGGCUUCUAAAAGGGGAUCUCUUCAUGGAGAUGUUACUGUAUUGGUCACAAAUAAAAGUGAGUGUGGAGGUGCAGAGUAUGCAAAAAAUAAUGGUAUAGCAAUUAUAUUGUUCCCUAAAGCAAAGGAUGAACCAAAAGGGUUAUCUCCCAGUGACCUUGUUGAUACACUAAGGAACUUCGAGGUAGAUUUUGUUCUUUUAGCCGGAUACCUCAAACUGAUACCAGUGGAAUUGAUCCGAGCUUAUGAAAGAUCUAUAUUCAACAUUCAUCCAUCACUUCUUCCAGCUUUUGGCGGCAAGGGCUAUUAUGGCAUUAAGGUUCAUAAAGCAGUCAUUGCUUCUGGAGCAAGGUUUUCAGGUCCUACCAUUCAUUUUGUUGACGAACACUAUGACACAGGGCGUAUCCUUGCACAGCGUGUGGUCCCUGUGCUUGCUAAUGAUACUGCAGAAGAGUUGGCUGCAAGGGUUCUCAACGAGGAGCAUCAAUUAUAUGUUGAUGUGGUGGAGGCUUUAUGUGAAGAUCGUGUCAUUUGGAGGGAAGAUGGUGUUCCUCUCAUCCAAAGCAGAGAAAACCCCAAUGAGUUUCACUGAUUAUCAUUGAUAUGGGAAUUUUGGUUGUGAAAACUUCACAUUUACCCCAAAGCUGUUGUAGUUAAUGUUGUAACUAUUAGGUAGGUAAUUUUCGGUGCACUCAUGUCACAUCUCUAAGGAGACAUAUAAUAAGCAAGAAGUGACAAAACUUAUCUCCUGAUCUGAUCUGCAUAAACUGUUAUAUGCUCUCGGUCACAGAGCAUAUUUUUGGAGUCUUUCAUUCCUUGCACAGGUUUCCAUUAACAUAUCAUGAUUUUUCUCCUUAAUAAAGAAAUUAUCUACUAUACUAUUUGGAUAAGAAAUUUGAUGUGCCAUAAGAUAUUUUUUUAAUUUCUAAAUAUUUAGUCUGUGAUUGAAAUGUUUCUGAAUGCCAAAGCUUUUACUGCUAUGCAUCAGUUCUUUGCUACCCAUUUAUUCACAAGUAUUCUCCUGCUAUACUUGAUUUAAAGACUGUUAAAGGUAACCCAAAUUAAACUUUGAAUAAUAUUACUGUGGAAGGUUGUCAUGUAAUGUUAUUUUUGCAUUUUAAAAAAAAAGUGCUAAAUAUAAGUGACACUGUUAAAACGAGAUCACAAUAGCCAAGAUAAACGUUAACCAAUAAAAAUUGUAAGUGAGCACAGGAAGGAAGUUAGGAAAUGUUAGAAGAAUACAUGUAGAAGCUUUGCAACUUAGAAUAGUUGGUUUGCCAUAGGGGAUUUAAAUUCAAACAAUUAUUUUCCCCUUCUGUAGGAGGAUGUUGAAUAUGCGUAUUGGCAAACAAAGCAUUUAUAUAAUUGAUUGUAGGAAAAUCACAUUUCUGAAUCGUAGAGUCCGGAUUCAUAAUGUGUAAUCUAAAAGAUAUUUUACAAUGCUUCCAUAAUCCCCACCACAUAAUUUCCAUUCAGCAAGCCUGUGUUAUGUGUUGGGAAUUCAAGUGUGAGUCUAAGUCCCACAUUGGAGAGAAAUGAGAAAGUAGAGUGGUUUAUAAGUGGAAAGACCCAUUAACUCAUUGCCUUAAGGUUUUGGGUGAAGAGUGGUGUCAACUACUUAUAAGGUUGGACUCACAUCUCAUUGCUCAUUGACUUCCCGGUCUAAAACCUCCCCCUUGAUACUCGAAAUCUAAAGGUAAUAUAAUAUGAACAUUGUGUGAAGUAACUUUGACAUCCUAUAAUAAGGAGGGUACGUAAGAAAGACAGACGAUGGACCUAUGGACCUGGCUUGGCAUUGUUCCAAAAGGUCGGGUUUAAGCUACUUGAAGACCUCAGCCAAGAGAGCAUGUAUCAUCACUUUUCCUUAGAUAUGUAAAGGACCAAAGAUAUUUUGUUUUGCUACGAUUGGAUAUUGUACGGUUUUAUAUUUUCUUAAACACUUGCAUGUAUUGAUUACAGUUUCAACAAAUAGCAACUUUCACUAA